AUGGGCUUUUAUUUAUUUGUGUUCUGUGCUCUAUGUGUUGGUGCGACAUAUGUGACGAGCGUGACAGAAAUUAAAAUUGGAACCUUAUUAAUAUCUGAACACCAUGCACCUUACACAAUGGAAAGAGUAGGCCCAGCACUGGAUGUAGCUUUUGAUGAAAUCAACUCGAAUAUCCUAAAUGAGAGUUAUAAAUUGGUGCAAGUAAAAGUAGCUUAUGAUAAUAUUUGUAACGCACGUUACGCUACAGGUGUAGCUUCUAAACUGUAUUAUGAAGAAAAGAUUGUAGCCUUGAUCGGACCAGCUUGUUCCUAUGCUUUAGAUGGUGUUGCCAGAUUAGCAGGCUUUUGGAAUAUUCCAAUUGUUACAGGUUUAGGAGAUGGUGGGAUGUUUAAAAAUAAAACUGACUAUCCAACAUUAACCAGGUUUUCCUACUGUCAAUGUCGGAUGAGGAAGGUGUUUGGAAGUGUGUUUAAACAGUUUAACUGGACUGAUAUUGUUGUAAUCUACGACGUUAAUGACGGUCAUACUGAUAUCCUGGGAAACACUUUAAAAGAAGGUCUACAAAAGGGCGGUAUAUUUCCUUUCAUGAUACCAUAUUAUGGGAAAGAAAAUAAUAACUUCAGUUCCAUUUUACAAGAAGCAUCAGUACAUGCGAGAAUCAUAGUACUAAUAGUACCCGGGGAGUCGUUAAGACAAUUUUUAUUGGCAGCCUUUGGACUGGGUUAUACCACUGGAGAUUAUGUCUUCUUUGAUGUAGAGUUAUUCUCCUUUCCGGGUCAAUACUGGGGUAACCACGACUGGAGAAGAGGCGAUGACAAAGAUACCGAAGCUAAAACCGCCUUUGAAUCAUUAUUAAGAGUCUCCUGGCAAGAACCAUCAGGAAUGGGGUGGAUGAACUUUUCUUGUAAUGUAAAAGACAUCGCUCUAAGCAAAUAUAAUUACAGUUUUGGUGAUGAAAAGGUGAAUUUCUUUGUGGGGUCGUUCCACGAUGCUGCAGUACGACUAGGAUUAGCUAUAAAUGAAACAUUAAGUACUGGUGGUAAUCUAUCAGAUGGUUAUACUAUCACUAGACUGAUGUGGACAAAAACACUGCCAGGUGUAACUGGACCUGUUAUUAUUGAUAAUAAUGGAGAUCGAGAUACAGAUUUUGCCAUUUUAGAUAUGGAUCCAAUUGAUGGUAACUUCAAGGUUGUGGCCAACUACUGGGGGGCGAAUCCUGGAUACAAUGCUGUUGAUCAUCGUUCUUAUCACUGGCCUGGUAGAGAUACACCGCCACCAAAUACUCCUCGCUGUGGAUUUACUGGUACCAAUCCAGUCUGUAAAUCACCAGAUACAAGUGAAAAGUUCAUAUGGACAAUAAUAUCUGUGUUUGUGUUUAUUAUAACAUGCUUAAUUGUCGGUUUCUUUGUAUACAGACGUUAUAAAUGGGAACAAGAUUUAACCAACAUGGCGUGGCGAGUUCAGUAUGAGGAUAUCAGAUUUAAAUUAUUAGAUGGUGUCAGCAGUAGAACAUCCAUGGCGAGAAUAUCUGAUACAUUUUGUGCUGACGUUGUACACGAAUCAUCCGUAACUUUGGGAAUUUAUAAGGGAAGAACGGUGGCUGUUCAAAAAGUUGACAAAGAAAAGAUUGUUUUGACACGCGAUGUACUAUUGGAGCUAAAACAGGUACGAGAUCUUCAUCAUGAGAAUUUAAGUAGUUUUAUUGGGGCGUGUAUCGAACCUGGUCAUAAUUAUGUUUUAACAGAAUAUUGUAACAAAGGAAGUUUACAGGAUGUGUUGGGAAAUGACACACUAAAACUAGACAUGAUGUUUAGACUGUCCAUGUUACGAGAUAUUGCAAUGGGUAUGGCAUUUAUUCAUAAAUCUGAUCUCAAGAUUCACGGAUUUCUCAAUUCUUCCAAUUGUCUUGUGGAUGGAAAAUUUGUACUAAAGAUCACGGAGUUUGGUUUACCGACAUUUUUCCGAGAUAAAAGAUACAGCCAAAGUAAAGAAAAUAUGGAAAUGUUAUUAUGGGUAGCACCAGAAGUACUAAGACAGGCACCAUUUAUGCAAUCAACACAGAAGAGUGAUGUUUACAGCUUUGGUAUCAUUAUGGAAGAAAUGAUACUACGUUCUAUACCCUUUGAUACUUAUAGGGCAUUACUUGAUGUACAAGAUAUUGUCGAUAAAGUAAAGGAUGACUGUGCGCCAUAUUUUAGACCCAAAGUAUCGGAAAGCCAAGCGCCUAAAGGGUAUAUAGAACUGAUGAAGAAAUGUUGGAGUGAAAUACCCGAUGAACGACCAACUUAUGAUGGUAUUGCCAAGCAAUUGAAAGAAUUACAGGGAGAUAAGAACAUAAGUUUAGUGGAGGCUCUAGUCCUGCGUUUAGAAGAAUAUGCAUCAAAUCUGGAAAAUCUAGUGGCUGAAAGAACGACACAGCUCAUAGCCGAGAAAAAGAAAUCAGAAACAUUAUUAUAUCAAAUACUUCCAAAACCUGUAGCCGAUCAGUUAAAGCAAGGCAAAUCAGUAGUACCAGAAACCUACGACUGUGUAACUAUAUAUUUUAGUGAUAUUGUUGGUUUUACUGCCCUGUCUUCAGAAAGCUCGCCAAUGGAGAUUGUGAACUUCCUUAAUGAUUUGUACGUGAUGUUUGAUAGUGUUGUAGAUUAUUAUGAUGCAUAUAAAGUAGAAACAAUAGGAGAUGCCUAUAUGGUUGUAUCUGGUUUACCUAUUAGAAAUGGUGAACAACAUGCUGUAGAGAUAUCUAGAAUGUCGUUAGCCUUACUGGACGGUAUUAAAUCAUUUACAAUCAGACAUCGCCCUCAGGAUAUGCUUAAACUAAGGAUAGGCAUCCACUCCGGUCCGUGUGCGUCUGGUGUAGUGGGAUUAAAGAUGCCGAGAUAUUGUCUAUUUGGUGAUACAGUAAACACUACCUCUAGGAUGGAAUCUACUGGUGAAGCUCUAAAGAUUCAUAUUAGUGAAAAAACUAAAUCAAUUCUAGAUAGAAUGGGCAAUUUUAUAACAGAAUAUAGAGGCAGCAUAGCCAUGAAGGGAAAAGGUGAACAGACUACGUAUUGGCUUGUUGGUGAAAAGUCCUUUUGA